AUGCCAGGUCGGUCUGUGUGCUCUAGCAGUGAGGUGACUAUGGGACAUGGCUCCAUUUGUCACCCGGCCCCGGCCAAGGGCUGUGCCUUCUCUUCAACAGCACUCAUCCCGACUCCACUCCACGGUCAAUUUCCUCACGUGAGAACAGAGGACAGUGCUAGCGCUAUAGCGGCUAGAGGUGUAGCUAUAGCUUGUGGCAGCAUUGACGGAGAGAAAGAAAUGGGUAGCUUGGGAGAGGUUGAUCAUGCCAAGGAGAUGUUCCAUGGCCAUGGCCAUUCUGAUCCUGUUGUCGACGAGCUCAACCGUCUGCAGAAUCUCCUCAGAGAAAAGGAAAGGGAGUUAGGACAUGCAUACAGUGAAAUCAAAGGCUUGAAGGUGACGGAAGCUCUGAAGGACAAGGCUAUUGCUGAGCUGAGCAAGGAACUGAAGAAACAGGACGAGAAGAUGAGAAGUUUGGAGAAACAGCUUGAGCAGAAGAAUUUAGAAGUCAAAAGACUAAACAAUGAGCGCAAAGAAGCAUUGUCUGCACAAUUCGCUGCAGAGGCAACACUUAGAAGGAUACACUCUUCUCAAAAAGAUGAGGAAUCGGUUCCAUUCGAUGCCAUCAUAGCACCCUUGGAGUCAGACAUAAGAAAAUAUAGACAUGAGAUUGCAGUGCUCCAAGAUGACAAGAAGGCAUUAGAACGACAUCUAAAGUUAAAGGAGAUGGCGCUCGUUGAAGCAGGCAACAUUUUGCGUAGCGCGCUUGAGAGGGCACUAAUAGUAGAGGAUGUUCAGAAUCAGAACAUUGAACUGAAGAAACAGAUGGAGAUAUACCAUGAAGAGAACAAAUUGUUAGAGAAGGCUAACAGACAGAAGGUGCUAGAGGUCGAGAAGCUCACGCAUACCAUUAGUGAACUUGAAGAGUCCAUUCUCGCAACUGGCGAGGUUGCCAAUGCAGUGCACUUCUAUCAGAAUCAAGCUACCAAGUUGAAUGAGGAAAAGAGGACCCUUGAGAGGGAGUUAGCUCGAGCCAAGGUUUAUGUCAAUCGUGUCGCAUCGACAACAGCGAAUGAAUGGAAAGACGACUCUGACAAGCUGAUGCCAGUCAAGAGAUGGCUAGAAGAACGAAGGCUCCUGCAGGGAGAGAUACAACGACUACGUGACAAGAUAACAAUAGCAGAGAAGUCCUCAAAGAUUGAAGCCCAGCUUAAUGACAAACUCAAAAGGAGGCUUAAGUCACUCGAAGAUGACAUGAGAAAUGAAACAUCCAACUCAUCUACAAAGGAAAUUAACAAACAAGACACUCCCAAAAGAUCAACGUCUCAACCAAAGCAACACAAAACAGUGAGAGUGUUGCCUCAACCAUAUUCACAUGAAGCCAUUGAUAGGAGAAGGCCUAUAUCUCAACCAAGGACAUCAGUGGCAGGGAAAGUAUUGAAGCAACCUAAUUCAGAAACCAAACCCAUAGAGAAAACUAGAGUUGUGAAGCGAUUUGAUAGCCCUAGAGCGAGAACGGUUUCUAGUAAAGGCGAGUGUCCCAUAAAAAAUCAACUAUGGGCAUCAAAAGGCAAAAUGGAUGUUGUUGCUGGGAAAGAGAACAAAGUACAAAACCCAAAUUCAAAGACAUGUUUGAAUGUUUCACAUUCACAAGGGCAUGCAGACACAAAAGUGUUUGAUGGAAAUGAUGAAUAUGGAAUUCAAAGUAGCGAACAUCAUGAAGCCAUGGAGAAUGAGAGAAAUGGGGUUAGCUCCAGUGAUGAAAGUAGCCCUUAG